GCAGCUUUGUUAGGCCUAUCUAUCAACUAGUUUAUGUCUUACAGUUAAUUUAAACUAGCUAAUGAAGAUAAAAUGAAAGAUUGCGCGGUUUAACGUGAUUAGUAACAUUAAUUAAAACACCAAAAUAAAACAACAAAAUAAAAAUAAACAUACAUUCAAACAAAGAAAAAAGUUCGAGUCUUGGAUCGACUACAAUCAACUAACGAUAACGUCCAUCAACCAACCACCUAAACUACAUACAAAACCGUCAAAAUGUUGGCCAUGUCACAAGGUUUCUUCGAUAAUCCAUAUGCUCAAUUGCGUGCGCCAACAACAACAAUGCGUCCACCACGUGGCGACAGCCCGAUCAACAACACAUCGGCACUCGAUUUGCAGACAUCGAGCCGAUCACAGGUGCCGCCACCGCCACCGCCGCCGCCGAGGUAAGGUUACGCCAAGCGGCGCAAAAAAAGAAAAAAUAAAUAUAAAAAUUAGAAAAAUCUAAAUAUCGAACUAAACGGUUGGCAGAAAAUAAAGUAGACGAGUUUGUAAUGAUAAAAUUGUUCGAUGUAAUCUGUAUGCCAACUGUCUGCACCGAAACAACUCUGCAAUCAACAUACCACAAAUAGAGAUUCUCCAAAUAAUGGAUAAAUACUACAAUCAACAUUUGCAUAAAAAACCUCUUUGUACGAAUUUUUCAAAAACUUUUGAUAGAACACAUAAGCACUAAAGUUUCUCUUAAAAAUGGAAAACGUAAAAUUUCAAAGUUUCAAUAUUGGAAAGUAAAAGAUUCAAAUUCAAGUUAUAUAGACUUAAAGGCAACUUAUG